UCAAACGGAAUUGUUCCGCGGGCUCGACAUUAUUGGUCGAGUGGAGCGGGCUAGGGGGUUGAAGCCGAGGGAUGGAUGCGUAGUGGAUGGGCGCGCGGCGCGAAGAAGGUGAAAAGCAGCAAGGUUCGGGACGACGUCACUUGUCUACGGUUUGCCAAGCGGUCCGGGGGCUUUCGAGUGCGGUCCACGGAGCUCCGAUCCUCGGUCCCUGGCCCUCCGUUAUCGGGCCCCGCGCGACGUAAAAAAGUUCGACACGUCCGCUCCCCGAUAAACUCGAUCACACUUUACCGCGGCACUUCCGCGCCGCGAAACAUGAGGAGGCACCCGGCCGCGCCGAAACACGUGACAAUUUCUCACGAUCCCGGAACCAGCCACCCGCCUCCCUUCGAAUGAUUUCGCCGGUCGGGCCCGGAGGAGGAGGAACGUUAUCGGGAAACAUGACCGCCACCACCGUGAAGGAGUACUCGUGCGUGACUUAGAAGGGUGGCCAGUGGCGCGACGGCGACGGCGGAGUGGAUCCGAUUUCCGAUCGGGCAGGGCGACAGAGAUCCGCGAACGAUGAACGUUACCGAUCAGCCGUCCUACACGAAUAUCACCGACUACGAGCUGCUGAACGAGACCGAGUACCUUGGGGAGGUUCUGGGCGACAAGUAUCUGUCCUGGAGGCUACUGCUGCCUGCCACCAUAGUGUACGUCGUGAUCCUGACGGCCGGGGUCGUCGGCAACCUGGCCACAUGCAUCGUCAUCUACAGGCAGCCGCACAUGCAGACGCCGACCAACUAUUACUUGUUCAACCUGGCGCUGUCCGAUCUGUUGCUUUUAUUGUGCGGGAUACCGUUCGAGUUGAGUCAACUGUGGGAGCAGUACCCGUGGAAAUGGGGAUUAGCGAUCUGCAAGCUGCGAGCUUACAUAUCGGAAUCGUCCUCUUACGUCUCGGUGCUGACGAUCGUCGCGUUCUCGUUCGAGAGGUAUUUGGCGAUCUGUCAUCCGCUUCGUCGUUACGCGACCAGCAUAAAUGGUCCCCUGCGAAUCAUCCUGCUGGUGUGGCUGGUGGCCCUGGUUGUUGCGGUGCCGUUCGCUCACUACAUCACCGUCAGCUACGUCAAGUAUCCGCCCGGGUCGGACGUGGACUCGCUGGAUUCCGCGAUGUGCACCAUGCCCAAGGAGAGCAUGCCCAAGUUCCCUCUCUACGAGCUCAGCUGCUUGGUCUUCUUUCUGUUGCCGAUGGCGUUGAUCGCGGUGCUUUAUAUACGGAUGGGCCUCAGGAUACAGAGCAGCAGCCUGGAGGGGUCCAGACACGGGGAGACCAGACAGGCGCAUUCCAGGAGGACCAUCAUACGAAUGCUCAGUGCAGUGGUGAUCACAUUCUUCAUCUGCUGGGCGCCGUUUCACGCGCAGCGGCUCAUGUACGUGUACAUGGGCGAGUCGUUCGCCGACAUCAACGGCUGGCUGUACGUGCCGAGCGGUUGCCUUUACUACUUCAGCACGACCAUAAACCCGAUCCUGUACAACGUGAUGAGCGUGAGAUACAGGGACGCUUUUAAGGAGACCCUGUGCUGUUGCCCUGCCAAGCCCUCGGCCACGAGGCUCGACCUAAGCAGCGUGAGGGAUUCGAGCGUGGGCCGCGGCCUCGCAUCCAGAGCCGGGUCGCAGGUGUUCUGCAGGAGGAACACCAGCAAUCAACGCAGCAUCAGGUACAACGCGUCGAUCCGAGCGGAAAAAGUAUAAACGCCGCGGCGCGGCGGGGCGAGAGUUACGCUCGAACGACGGAGGUGAAGAAGAGAAAAGGCCGACGGAGACGGCGGGAACGAGCGAUUCUUGGUCCGUGAGACUAUCGGCGAAAUCGGCGGCGGUUGCCUUUGUUGCCGCUUCGUUGGCGAGGAACGGAGAUGCUGGGCUUCCGACACGGCCGAAGCCACUUCGUGCGAGACGCCGGUCUCGGAUCGUUGCCGAGAGAUCGAUGAAACCUCGGGGACCCGGACUGGGAAGUUCGCUUUCGGGCCGCGGAAUAGUCGGCUGCAAAACGAGCCGGCGGUGGUCGGGAUCGGCCGCCGAAAGCCGGGACUUAAAGUUAACGGGGAACGAGAUAUCGGGACUUAGCGUCGCCGAGCCUCGAUCCCGAGGGGAGAAGAUUUGUUCCCGAGAUGACGUUGGAUCGUCCCGAUUAAUUUGUAACACCGUUGUCCGAAGAGUGUCGCGCGCUGUAAACAUUUAAGGCACCCUCUCCACGUCCGCAGGACGAGCUUCUAAUCCCUGACUGUAGCCCGCCGAGAGAAAGGGUGCGCGUGUCCUAAGGUGCUCCGCAGGGGCGCUCCUCCAGGAGAAAGCGGACGCGUGGCGGGGCUCGAUCGUGGGCACCGAAACGUCUCGACGCACAUUUCUUCCUCGAAUUGUUCGCAGAGAUGAUCUCGGGUGUUCUGCGAGUUGGACGAUCGACCGUGGUUUCCACCGCUGGUCCCGGCGACAACCGGCGCGAGGAGGACGGACGAGCCAGUUGCUGGCAAGCCGGAAAAGCGUGGACGAGGCGCAACAACGAUUUCGCGACUCUUCGAACGAGCUGUCGGGGAUAUUAAUCAUCCGGAAUCAUCGACAGCCCUUCGCACUGUGUAAACACUGCUUGGACACUUUUGUAAAUUUCUGCACUAUCACGGUUCCCAGACGCGGGGACCGGCCGAAUUUAACCGAAUUUAAUCGACGGACCGCGGAUUUAUCAGGCUCGUGUAAAUACGGUAUUUUCACCCGUUCGUUGUACAUCGAUCCUAUUACGGACACGCGUUAAUAUAUGGAACGCUGCUUUAUACAACAAA